AAAUAGAGGCAGAUUCACCUCACUUCAAAGCACAAGCAUACCCAAGAAAAAACCUUAAACAAGAGAGAGAGAGAGAGAGAGAGAUGGAAGUAGUCCAAGUUCUUCGCAUGAAUGGAGGAAUUGGAGAAACAAGUUAUGCUCAAAAUUCAUUGGUUCAGCAAAAAGUGAUAUCGAUGACGAGGCCUAUCACAGAGGAAGCCAUCACAGACCUCUACUGUGGCACCUUCCCAAAGACUCUAGUCAUUGCAGACCUUGGAUGUUCUUCAGGACCAAACACUCUAUUUGCAGUGUCUGAAAUCAUCAAAGUGGUGGAAAAGCUUUGUGGAAAGCUGGGUCGUCAAUCACCAGAAUAUCAGGUGUUCUUGAAUGAUCUACCAGGGAAUGACUUCAACACCAUUUUCAGAUCCUUGCCAGGUUUCCAAGAAAGAAUGAAAAAACAAGCUGAAGCUGUAACUGGGCCAUGCUUUUUCAAUGGAGUCCCUGGUUCUUUCCAUGGCAGGCUUUUCCCUAGCAAUAGCUUGCAUUUUGUCCAUUCGUCUUAUAGUCUCCAAUGGUUGUCUCAGGUUCCUGAAGGCCUGGAGGAUAACAAAGGGAACAUUUAUAUGGCUAGCGGCAGUCCUCCAAGCGUUCUCAAGGCAUAUUAUCUCCAAUUUCAAAAAGAUUUUUCAUUAUUUUUGAAUUGUCGCUUCAAUGAGUUGGUGUUAGGAGGUCGUAUGGUUUUGACAUUUUUGGGUAGGAGAAGUCCAGAUCCUUCUAGCAAAGAGUGCUGCUACAUCUGGGAGCUUUUGGCUAUGGUUCUUAACGAAAUGGUCUUAGAGGGAAUCAUAGAGGAAGAGAAAUUUGAUUCCUUCAACAUUCCUCAGUAUACACCAUCCCCAUUUGAAGUGCAAUCCGAGAUUGAAAAGGAAGGGUCAUUUAUAAUUGAUCGGUUGGAGGUUUCUGCAGUCAAUUGGGAUGCUUAUCACAAUGAAUUUAACCUUGCUGAUGCAUUUAAAGAUGGUGGAUAUAAUGUUGCAAAGUGCAUGAGAGCUGUGGCUGAGCCCUUGCUUGUUGGACACUUUGGCUUCAGCGACGCGAUCAUCGAAGAUAUUUUCCGCCAGUACAGGGUACUCGUGGCUGAUCGCAUGGCCAGAGAGAAGACUGAAUUUGUCAAUGUGAUUGUGGCUAUGACUAAGAAGGGAUGAUUACUGAAUUAGCUUAGUCAUAUGCAAUAUCUUUAGCUAGUGUGUUUUCUUCAUUUUACCUUUUUCUUUUUUUUUUUUGGGUGAAUUUGUAAAAGCAAAAUUCCAAUUAUGGGUUGCAAAAAUAAUUAUUGAAGAAUUUGGAUGUAAAAUUUCAGAUAUUUCUAGGAAUUUGAUAUUAAAUGAUAAUAACCAUUCCUAAGGUGUUGUUUCUAA